UACGGAUGUUAUAAUAAAAAUUCUUGAGUGAAAAAAUAAAAAGUUUAUAACGAGUUGGGAGGCAUUGUGUGAGUGCUAUUGUGUGGGGUGAGGGUGGAACUGGUAAUGGAAAAUGCACCCUCGCUGGGAUGAGUUCUGGUGCAGUGAGUUUUCAUGAUUGUUCGUCUAGUAGACGAAUAUGUACCCAAGGCGAGCAUCCUGUAGAUUGAUGACCUUCUUUAUUGGUGUGUCUGAAAUAUGUUUCAUGACGGGGCCAGUUGGGGAUUGCCGCUACUGUUGUCCACGAGAUGAUACUGUGGAUAUACAGUAUAAACUCUUCACUAGGUCGAAUCCCAGGGAUUUUCAAAUCAUCCAGGGAGGCGACGCAGCAGGAUUGAGGGGGACUAACUUCGAUCCGCGGCUCCCUACUAUCAUCUACUUGCCUGGAUUUACUGAGGUCUCCACUGGACCCAGUACCACCACGUUGAGAAACUCUUACUUGGCGACUGGUGAUUAUAAUUUCAUUGCCGUCGACUGGUCACGGCUCGUCGCAUUUCCUUGGUACGUAACAGCAGUCCGCAACACGCGUUACAUGGGCUCAAGACUGGCGACGUUCGUGCAGUUCCUCAACGCAGUAGGGGUCAGACCGGGGUCGCUGCACGUCAUCGGAUUCUCCCUCGGAGCAGAGGCAGCAGGUUUUGCUGGCAAGGAGCUCAAGAGCCGCGGCCUCAUGCUUGGCAGGAUCACUGGUCUUGACCCUGCCUACCCGGGCUACAGCUUCACCAAUAGCCAGGGUCAUCUCUCCCGGGGCGACGCUUCCUUUGUUGACGUCAUUCAUACCAACCCUGGCAUCUUCGGCUUCCCGCUGCCUAUCGGUGACGUGGACUUCUACCCCAACGCCGGCAGUUGGAUCCAACCCGGUUGUUGGAUCAACCAGCUCGUCACUAAUAAUGAGCUCGAUUUUGUCAACGGUUGCAGCCACAACCGAGCAUGGAGGUUAUAUGCCGAGUCUCUGUACAACCCGGCUGGGUUUCCUGCCACCCUGUGUCGCGAUUGGACUUCCUGGGUCAGCUCCUGUAGGUUCCACGUCGACGGCUAUCUGGGUGUCCAGGCCAGACUACCGAUGACCGGCAAAAUGUAUUUGAAAACGAACGAGAGACCUCCCUUUGCGAAGAAUGGACCUUAGAAAUAAAUCGUGUUUAAGUAUGUCUGAUGUGAUAUUUAGCAAAUAACAAAUAUUUAUGUAAUCGUUAGUUAUUUGAAGUGCCAGAGAAAUAUAUUCGAUAUUUUUAUAAAAAAAAGAAAAACUAGAAACUCGAUUGUACAUUAUAUAUUUAAUCGAAUAAAUUUUUUUGAAACGUG